AAACGACGUUGUAUCAUGCAGAGUCAUUACUUUACUGGGCUAGAUGACAAGUGUUUGAAAACAUGUCGUAUCCAUCAGAUGAUAAGCUGUCCUUCCAUUUUGGGACUGAAAAGAUUAGAAUUUUUGAGCAAUGGAUGACCGAUCCGGAAUGGCACUUCAUGGCGACAUGUUUGGCUGUGUUCACAUUCUCUUUCCUUUACGAGGGGUUAAAAGCGUUGAAUCUCUGCGUCCAGUAUGCUAAGCUCGACCACCUAAAACAGCGCAGUGACCCGCCCCUGUACGCCGAGCAAAAUGGCUAUGGAGCAGUACCCAGACGACCCGGGGAAGACAUGGAUAUGGAGUCAAGUUGCGGUAGCUACUGCUGCCUCCACGUGCUCCAUGCGCUGCUAUACGCCCUCCAAGUCUUCGCUGCUCUGCUAAUGGUCCUGAUAUUCCUGACGCUGAACCUGUGGCUAUGUAUUAUGCUGUGUGCGGGCGCCGCUAUGGGGGUUCUUAUCUUCAGUCCCUAUCCAGCGAGGAGACUUCUGUCCAUAAACUGCAUGUAGAGAUUAUUUCCAUUACGAUUUACAGUUUCCUUUGACGAACGAACUUAAAAUUUUAAUUAAAAUGUUUGUGAAUAUCUACAGUUACUGUGAAGACAAUCCUUUAAAUUUGAAAUAUAUAUAAACGUUGUUGUAAUUCUCUUAGGUCCAAGCUUAGGGUAAGGCUCGUAAGGGCA